UCUUAGACGGAACGAAUGUAAAACGUGUGUUUACUCUUCUGAGCACUUUCUUCAAGAAAUGAGCGCUUGAUUAUUUCAAACACAUGCGUUUGUAUGGAUUAAGCUAUUUGAAUCUUGGGUAACUCAACUGUGGCCGUGGGAAAACUUUCCCGAAAACUCCCCGGGUCAAAUAAUGGCAAAGAAGAUACCUAAAGAAACGAGUGAUGCCAGCGAGGAUGGCAAGGAGUCCAGCAAUUAUGUUGUUGGACAAGUGUCCGGCUGCUUGUUCCCUAAAACGUCUGCAACAGGCUCUGGCUCCCUGUCUGCCCUAUUCUCCACCAACACAACAGCAAGCAACACUGUGGUGUUUGUCCCAGCGCCCAAGCAUGUACCCACGCCUGUCAUACCCAAAGCUGAGCCUGCGCCUGCAGAUGAAACAGCUGGUGUAAAACCGACGCAAACGAAGAAAAACAAAAAGGCGAAAUCGGCAGCAGAAUUAAAAGUUCAGGACAGAGAGAGUGGUUUACAAACAGCAGAUGACGAGGACGGCACAAGGAAGGGCCCAAAGAAGGCUGCUAAGAGGAAAACACCCCAGGACGAUGACGACGACGCUGCACCAGGACAAAACGGCAAGCCCGCCAAGAGGAAGAUGACCUUCAAAGACUUUGCUGCAGAGAGAGUCAAGCUGAACAGGACCGUGUUUGUGGGAAACCUACCCGCCAGUUGCACUAGAGAGAAAUUGCGUGCCAUUUUCAAAGAACAUGGAUCCAUCGAAUCAAUCCGGUUUCGUUCAGUGGUAGGGGAAGAUGCCUCCAUGUCCCGCAAGGUAGCUGCCAUUCAAAGGCAAGUCCAUCCCAAAAAGCAAACCGUGAAUGCAUACAUUGUAUUCAAAGAGACAGAAGGGGCAUUGGAUGCUUUGAAAAAGAAUGGCCUGGAGAUUCAGAAAGACGUCCACAUCCGUGUGGACAAGGCCUCCUCCAAACAGCAUGACCACAAGCGAUCCAUAUUUGUUGGCAAUUUACCAUAUGACGUGGCUGAGUUGUCCCUGAGGCAGCAUUUCCUGGAGUGUGGAGAGGUGGAGGCGGUGAGGCUGAUCAGGGACAGAGCCACGGGCAUGGGCAAAGGCUUCGGCUACGUGCUGUUCGAGAGUGGUGACUCAGUGCAGUUGGCCCUGAAGUUGGACGGCUCCGUGCUGUGCGAACGCAAGAUCCGUGUAAAACGCUCCGUCAAGGACGGCGCAGGAGCAGGGGCAGGAGCAGGCAAGGAGGGCAGAGGAAAGGGCCCAGGCAAAGGGAACAAGAAGGGUGUAGCAGCGAGCCCCAAUAGGAAGGGCCCCUCGGCAGGCCCCAUGAAGAAAGCGCCUAAAGGGGGCCCCCCUGCAGGCCCCAUGAAGAAGGGGCCUAAAGGGGGGCCCCCUAACGCUUUCCCCAGAGGAGGUCCUCCUGGGGGCAAGAAGAAGAUGGGCUUCCAUGGAAGGCCGGGGAAAAAGAUGUCUCCGUCAGAAUUUAAAGGAGAAAUGGCCGACCCCGCAGCUAAAAAACACAAAGGACAGAAAAAGAAGUCUAAGCCCAGGAAGCCAAAAAAGAACAUCCAUUUCGGAUGAGAUGUCAUCUAGUGGGGUUAACAUUUUGUGCAGAGAGGUCUUGAUGUAAGGUUUUAUCUGAAUAUUCAGAACUGUAAAAUAUCUCUAACAUGAAAUCUGAAUUUCUUGAGCUGCCUAAACCAUUUUCCAAUCAGAGUACUGUGUGUAUGUGUGUGUGUGUCUGUAAGGUGUCAGUCGAGCACAUAAUCACUUAAUCUUGAUGAUGAACAAACAUGUCUUUUCUACAGCAAAUGGUGUGCAUUUCAGCAUUUGUCAAGGUGACAGAUUAAGUCAGUCCUACUGACUAUGCAUGCAUAGCCGCCACCCAUCACAAUCUUAUUGAAUUUUUAUUUACAAAAAAUAUAUCCUUUCUACACCUUCUCUCUAACUUCUUUUUUGUCAACUUUCCUCCAUCCACCACAGAACAACCAGACACAUUGUUUCAGCUCAAUCCUUUAUUUUUUUUUUGGUAAAAAAUAAAAACAGGGCAAUGCCUUUGCCCAAAUCAUGA